UUGUCAAAAAAUAGAAAUAGAAACAAAAUUUUCCAAUUUCUGUUUUCUGUUUUUAACAGUUUUAAUGCCUGUACUUUCAUAAAAAACAAUUUAGUAUUUGUUUAACUUAUUUAUUUUUUUCUUCAAAUGUUUUGUUGUUAUUAUUUUAGCCUAAGUUAAAAUAAAAAUGAAUUCUAAAAGGGGUAAGCGUAAUAAAGGGAGUAAGGUUUUUCCAAUUGCUGAAUCCGUCAGCAUAGCUUUGAAGAUACAGCUGGAUAAGUUUCUCAGUGACGAAAAUGAGACGGAACUCGAUUUGCCCUCGUUUUUAUCUGCACAAGAACGGGCUUUCAUGCAUAGGACUGUGUACAAAUUGGGGCUGAAGUCAAAGUCGCGCGGGAAAGGUGUAAACCGAUACAUGACGAUCUACAAAAGGAUUGGAUCGACAAUAAUCCAAAAUGACGCAAAACUUAUACUCGACUCAAACAUGCGAUGCACAAUUACGGAACUGUUCAACGCAUUUCCCAUAACUAGUAAAGAGAAGGAGGACCUUAGCUGUUGUCCGGAGAAAGAAAGGAGCCCACAAUUGGCCCAUAAGAGUAUGGGACAGUUGAACAAUGGGGUGGCCCAGAUUCCAAACACUUCAUACAACCCAGAAUUAAUCAAAUUCAGAGAGAAGUUACCAGUGUAUGAGCAGCGACAUGAAUUAAUGAACGCUAUCAAUUCUAACCAGGUGAUCAUAGUGGCCGGCGCUACAGGGUGCGGCAAAACUACGCAGUUACCACAACUCGUGCUCGAACACUGUCAGGAGCACAAGCAGCCCGUGCGGAUAUACUGCACACAGCCGAGACGGAUAUCGGCCGUUUCUGUCGCCGAGAGGGUAGCAUACGAGCGUAUGGAGAAGAUAGGCCAAUCCGUCGGCUAUCAAAUAAGACUAGAGUCUCGCGUGAGCCCGCGCACAGUACUGCACUACUGCACUAACGGCGUGCUUCUACGAACACUCAUGGCUGGCGACGAUGCGCUUACUGGUGUAACACACGUGUUCGUGGACGAAGUGCACGAACGCGACAAGUUCAGCGACUUUUUGCUCAUAGCGUUGCGUGAUGCACUCGCUCGGAUCAAGGAUCUGAAAGUUAUACUCAUGUCCGCUACCAUGGAUACGCAGAUAUUUUCAAGAUACUUCAACAGUUGUCCCGUGAUCACGAUUCCGGGCCGACUGCACGAUGUACAGCGCUAUUAUUUAGAGGAUGUGCUUAAGUUGACGAAGUAUAGUAAUAAGAAAAUGGCGAAGGUUGAACGCGAGUUGAAAGCUAGUAUCAAGCCGGGCCACGGUUAUUGUUCGCAGUCGCAGCUUGAAGGGCAGAAACAAGCAGAAAUAGUAGAAGAAAAAGAUAGUCUAGACCCCGCUAUGCAGGCGGACAUGGACGAAUUCUUGGACGAGUGCUUCAAUGAGGGUAGUUUGGACUCGUUCAGCCAGGUGCUGUACAUGUUCCUGUCGGAGGGCGUGUGUGCGGACGCGCAGCACUCGGCGUGCGGCCGCACCGCCCUGCACGCGGCCGCCGCCAGGGGACUGACGCACACGGCUCAGCAGAUACUGCGCAUUGGGGCCGACCCGUCAAUAAAAGAUAAAAAUGGUAAAACUGCGUAUGAUUACGCCGUGGAUGGAGGUCACACGGAAUGCGCUAAAGUCCUCGCUACAUUUAAUCAUAUCGAAGAGCCAAAAAAUAAUGUAGAAGAGGACAUUGCAGCUGAUAACUUCCUGCUAGAUGUUUAUCAUCACUCGUUCUCAGAAGAGUUGAUAGAUCACGAUCUCAUGUUAGCUUUAGUGAAGCACAUACAUUUAAAUAUGGCUAAAGGCAGCAUUCUCAUAUUCCUUCCUGGAUACGAUGAUAUAGUGAGCUUAAGAGACAUGAUUCAGGCGUGCCCUGAAAUGAACACACUGAAGUACCAAAUAUUCACAUUACAUAGUAAUAUGCAAACACUAGAUCAGAAGAAAGUGUUUAACCCACUGCCAAAUGCUAGAAAAAUUAUCAUAUCGACAAAUAUAGCUGAAACUUCUAUCACUAUUGAUGAUGUGGUCUACGUUGUGGAUUCGUGUAAAGUUAAAGAGAAGUAUUAUGAGUCAAAUGGUGGAGUUUGUUCUUUGCAAUGCGUUUGGACGUCCAGAGCCUGUUGCCAACAGAGAGCCGGUCGUGCGGGACGAACGCAACCGGGACAUUGCUUCCACAUGUGUUCCAAAAGACGUUUCAACUCUCUGCCACUUAAUUCCGUGCCAGAAAUACUUCGUGUUCCAUUACAAGAACUAUGUCUUCAUACAAAACUUUUAGCGCCAGGAAACACUCCGAUAGCAGAUUUCCUAUCUAAAGCUCUCGAACCGCCGUCAUUCUUGGCCGUCAGAAAUGCGGUUACUCUGCUCAAGACUAUCGGAGCGUUGACUCCAAUGGAAGAUUUGACGGAAAUCGGACAAAAUUUACUGGAUCUUACAGUUGAGCCAAAAUUAGGCAAAAUGUUGCUUUACGCUUGCGUCAUGAAGUGUCUAGAUCCAAUACUAACAAUAGUGUGCAGCUUAUCAAAUAAAGAGCCGUUCCAAAUAUCAAUGAAACCAGAAAAUAGGAAGAAAGGCAGCUUGGCGAGGAAAGAAUUCGCAGCUGGUAGUUAUUCUGAUCACAUGGCUCUGCUGAGAGCUUUCCAGGCGUGGCAGAUAGCUAGAUCUAAUGGCAAAGAGAAAGCAUUUUGCGCCAAAAAUCUUAUUUGUGGUGCAACAAUGGAAAUGAUCGUCGGAUACCGUUCCCAGUUAUUGGCUCAGUUAAGAGCCUUAUGCUUAGUGAAGGCAAGAGGAUCCGGUGAUAUAAAAGAUGUCAAUUUGAAUUCUGAGAAAUGGCACGUCGUUAAAGCGGUGCUAGUCAGUGGAUUGUAUCCGUCCAUAGCUCGUGUAGACCGAGAUUCUUGUUCAUUGCGAACAUCAAAGGAAGUGAAAGUUGCAUUUCAUCCAAGUUCGACCUUACAUGUGGGUGGAGGAUUGAAUGGCUCCAAAAAAUCAGUGCCAGGCUUGCCUACAGAUUGGGUUGUGUUCGAAGAAAUAUCACGCGUUGGACGAUUUUGCUUUAUCCGGUGCAACACUUUGGUCACACCGUUAACAGUGGCGUUGUUCGGUGGGCCGUUAAGAUUGCCAGCUGGAGCAUUAACGCAACGAGCCAAUCCUCCAGGAUUAUCCAGUGAUUCAGACAGUGAAGCGGACGAGAAUAACUCUUCUCCCGACACAGCCGUGUUAACGUUGGACGACUGGAUAGCGUUCACUGCGGAUGCCUCAGACGCGAUAAGCGUUUAUUAUUUGCGACAAAAAUUGUGCGCCCUAGUUAUACGUCGAAUGUCCAACCCGGGCAAGGCGAUGACGCCACUCGACGAACAGAUUCUCAAUACCGUCGUUCACGUAUUGGGAGCGGAAGAGAAAAACAUUGGUCUGAACCAACCCGCUGGUAUUGGACAACGACCGAAACCCCUAACAGUGGACUCGCCACUCUGGCGGACAAGAGAGGAAGAACAGUACCGUCAUGAGAAUAAAUACUAUCCACAGAACAGUCAAAACGACUUCGCCAACAGUUUUUAUCAAGGAUACGGAUACAGAAAUGGCCAGAGACCGUGGAGGAACGAUGGAAUGCCGCAAGGGUUUUCUCCACAGUCCUAUAGUGGACCGAAGAGUCCAAUGUCGCCAAACGGAAAGACUUUAUUAGCGAAUAUAGAGAAAUACGCAGAGAACGGGGAGAGCAAUACGCGGUAUUUUAUCGUGAAGGCGGACGACUUGCACACCGUGGACAUGGCUCAAGCGAGCGGCAGCUACCCCUUCACACAGAACACUCUUAAGAAAAUGCAGAGAGCUAAACAGGAGGGCAGUCGCGUGGUGGCGAUAUUCUCGUGCGGGGCGGAGAGCCGCGUGACGGGCGCGGCCGCGCUCGCUGACGGGGCCGCGCUCGACUGGACGCACAACGCGCACGUGCCCUUCCACAUGCUGCGCCACGUUACCAACUCGCUAGCCGGUAACGCGCGAGUGACUGGCGCUAGAGACGGCACAGAGAUCUGCUCGAACUCGGGCCGAGCUCUCCUCUCGGCACUGGCCCAGCGCCGCAGACACACACACGCACACACACCCCGCCCCAUACAGAAACACCCCGCGGAUCAAUAAC